GACUCAGGUAGCGCGCUGUGGCGCUGCCGGCAACCAGCUCCUUCAUUCGGGACACUUGAGUGGCUUCAGCCGCCCCUCGGAUCCACCCAGUGCCUUGACCUCCUUGAGGACAGCGCGCCGGGCCCGCCGCGCCGGGCCACCGGCCGGCUGCGUCCUCACGUGCGGAGGCCGCCACAGUGACCCCGCCCCCAGGCCCGGGAUGUGAGGCCCGCGGGGUGUCCCCGCACCGGGCCUAGGCGCCGGGAGUGGCCGGCUCGGCAGCGCCGGGCGAUGGCCCUGCUGCCGGUGCUCCUCGCCUCCUGGGGCCUGGGGCAGUGAGGGGGCCGGCGGGCGAGGGCAAGGUGGCCGCGGGCGCCAUGGAGGGGGUGCUGUACAAGUGGACCAACUAUCUGAGCGGUUGGCAGCCUCGGUGGUUCCUUCUCUGUGGGGGAAUAUUAUCUUAUUAUGAUUCUCCUGAAGAUGCUUGGAAAGGUUGCAAAGGGAGCAUCCAGAUGGCAGUGUGUGAAAUUCAAGUUCAUUCUGUAGAUAACACACGCAUGGACCUGAUAAUCCCUGGGGAACAAUAUUUCUACCUGAAGGCCAGAAGUGUGGCUGAGAGACAACGGUGGCUGGUAGCCUUGGGGUCAGCCAAGGCUUGCCUGACAGACAGCAGGACCCAGAAAGAAAAAGAGUUUGCUGAAAACACUGAAAACUUGAAAACCAAAAUGUCGGAACUAAGACUCUACUGUGAUCUUCUUGUUCAGCAAGUAGAUAAAACAAAAGAAGUGACCGCAACUGGUGUGUCCAAUUCUGAGGAGGGAAUUGAUGUGGGAACUCUGCUGAAAUCAACCUGCAAUACUUUUCUGAAGACUUUGGAAGAAUGCAUGCAGAUCGCAAAUGCAGCCUUCACUUCUGAGCUGCUCUAUCGCACUCCCCCAGGAUCACCUCAGCUGGCCAUGCUCAAGUCCAACAAGAUGAAACAUCCUAUUGUACCAAUUCAUAAUUCAUUGGAAAGGCAAACAGAGUUAAACAGUUGUGAGAAUGGAUCUUUAAAUAUGGAAAUAAAUGAUGAUGAAGAAAUCCUAAUGAAAAACAAGAGCUCCUUAUGCUUGAAACCUACAGAGACAGAUCGCAGCAUAUCGAGUGAAGAAAAUACAGAUGAUAAUGUAGCAGUCCAAAGUGAAAUGAUAAAGGAAGAUGGAACGGAAAACCUGGGAAAUCAUGACAGCCGCUUGGCACAGUCUGAAUCACACUCCUCAAGCAGCUCUCCAGAAGCCCACUGGGAAGAAGGCCAAGAAGUCAUCCCAACUUUCUUUAGUACCAUGAACACCAGCUUUAGUGACAUUGAACUUCUGGAAGACAGUGGCAUUCCCACAGAAGCAUUCUUAGCAUCAUGUUAUGCUGUGGUUCCAGUAUUAGACAAACUUGGCCCUACAGUGUUUGCACCUGUUAAAAUGGAUCUAGUUGGAAAUAUUAAGAAAGUAAAUCAGAAGUAUAUAACCAACAAAGAAGAGUUUACCACACUCCAGAAGAUAGUGCUGCACGAAGUGGAGGCCGAUGUAGCCCAGGUUAGGAACUCAGCUACAGAAGCCCUCCUGUGGCUGAAAAGGGGUCUCAAAUUUUUGAAGGGAUUUUUGACAGAAGUGAAAAAUGGAGAAAAGGACAUCCAGACAGCCCUGAAUAAUGCAUAUGGUAAAACAUUACGGCAGCACCACGGCUGGGUAGUUCGAGGGGUUUUUGCGUUAGCUCUGAGGGCAGCUCCAUCCUAUGAAGAUUUUGUGGCUGCAUUAACCAUUAAGGAAGGAGACCACCAGAAAGCAGCUUUCAGUGUUGGGAUGCAGAGGGACCUCAGCCUUUACCUCCCUGCCAUGGAAAAGCAGCUGGCGAUACUGGACACUUUAUAUGAGGUCCACGGACUGGAGUCUGACGAGGUGGUAUGAUGUCUGCAGGGCAGCGCCGCCUCCUAACUUCAGGGAAUAAAGUUCGCUAAAGUGUUUUGUUGCCCUACUUACUUUCCAGCAGCAGCUUCAGUCCUCUCCAAUUCCUUACUUGGAGGGAUGGAGAGGAGGAGGCAAAGCCUAGUGCUUUUAUGUAUAAUUUUUUAAAUGCAUAUAUGUUUUGUGUGUUUAAAAAUCAAGGUGCUAUAUAUUCAGUUCAAAAGGCCUCCUGGAAACCAAAUCAUAGCUGUUACACAGGUGUGAACGGCGAGUUAUAAGAGCAGAUUUGGCAAAUGAAUUUGUUAGUAUUGUGUUUUGCUUUUAGUUUUAAUGGGCCACCCAAACCCAAGCUGAAAAUGAGCAAUUUUUUUAAUCAAGGACUGUAACUCAUAGCCAGUGUUUCAAUCAAUUUAGAAUUAGACUAAAAACUUAGAGGGAGCUCAGCCCCUUUGUUGAAGCUAUUGAAAUGUAGAGUUUGCUAUUCCUAGACAUCCUGCAAAGAAUCCUCUUCUCUGUGGCUCUGUGGGCCAGAAGAGCCUGUGUAGUCAGUGUGUCGGGGCAUUGGUGUGACCAAGCAGUGCCAUCCCUGUUUACGGGCCAGGAGACUGGCUCUGAAGAGAUGAGUGGUGUGUCCUAGCCCCUAGCUGGAGGACGGUACGGGUGGGGUGGGACAGGCCAUCUGAGGUGACCCCUGUGCAGUGCACACCCUUUGCCAGACUGCUUUCCUCGGCAUCAUCUCAGUUGGACAUCAGAGCAAAACCAUGACAUUCAGGGAUUAUUAUUAAACUUCAAAAGUAAGGUUUAAAGGUCGAGGGAUUUGCUCAGUCACACAGCCACUAAAUAGAAGAACCAUGUGAUUUCCAUGUGUGAUCUGGACCACCUCUGCAUCAAAAUCACAUGGAGUGCUUGUUUGAAAAGCAAAUUCCCAGGCCUUACCUUGACCCGAAGAACCAGAAUUGUGGGAUCGGGACUCAGGAUAAUAAACCUUGAAUUUGAAUAAACUUCCCAAGUUAUUCUUUUGCACACAGGGUUGAAGAGCUACGAGAUUAAAUUCUAGUUUACAGAAUUCCCAGUCUUCUGCAUGAACUAAAUGAUGUGUCCUUUUUUUUCAAAGAGGAAGAGGCUAUCGUUGAAGUGAAGUAGUUAAAGGGAGAGUGAGAAAUGGAGAAAGUUUACUCAGCAGGUUUCUUAAUUGAGCCACAGCAGGCCUUCAGGGACCAGGGUUCUGAAUGGGCUCUCUGAUCAGUCUUGGCUUUAUCACCAAUGGCACAGAGUAAGCUAAACGCAGCUGCUUAUCUAUCUCAGAAGCUCUGGGACUGUGUCACAGUUUAAAGGUGGGAUUGAAGCCUUUCACAAAACAGCCUUGUGUAGGCGUUCUCCUGAAGAGUGUGACGCCGGGACUGUGGCCCUAGUCUCUCAGUAGGCCAGGCUGGCAAGGGCGGGCGGCAGGGAGAGGCCAUGGGUGCCUUCCCUGUCAGGGGCUACUCGCUUAAAGUAGCUGGAAGGGAAGUUCCCCGGGUAGAAGGUGAGUUCCUUUGAGGGGCACAGGUGAUGCUGUCCCGAGGGCAAAGAGAACCCUCUCCUUAGGUGAGAGAUUAAUGUAGGGAGGGGUAUGGAUUUUUUUUGUCUGUCUUUAAACAAAUGGGCAUUUAUGUAGCUCAAAUUAAUGAAGCAGAUCCUGUGCUCGGUAAGGACUUCUGGAAAAUGCUUAAAUUUUAGAAAAGCAACAUCAACUAUUUUAAGGCUAGGGAGAAAAAGGGUGCUAAAGUGAUGUUGAUUCUUUUGUAUCUUAGCGCUUGCUGUUAGCAGCUGCUAAGGUGUGUAUGUUGUCUUCUCCCAUUCCCACGAGUAAUUAGUGAGGACCUCCUUCUCUGGCUAGUGUGAACAUGAUGGCCGGACUAGGGGAUAAUUUAGACUUCCUGCCCUUACAGAGCCUCCUAAAAGGGAAAAAGGAAAAGCCACCAGCCUUUUCUUUACCUUGAAUGAAUGCGCGUUAGACGCUGCGCCAUUGGGUGGGGGUGCUACCAGGAGAUUGCAGUGUUGUGAAGCGUGACCGUUCCGAGCAAAUGCCGGUGCUCCCCGUCACCUCAGGAGAACUGGUACGGCCUCCGGGAGAGAGGUGGGCACGUUGAAAAUACCUCAGAUUUUCCACCGAGGCUUUGAAUAUACACAAAAAGAAAGCUGCUCAGCAUGGCCACUUUGCGUUUCUAUAGGUACUGCCUUGGUGUAUAUGACCCAGUUUUCUGGGAAAGAAGGGUUUCAUAUUAUCUGGGAUCUUUGGGAACCCAGAUCAGAGUAGCUUGAAUAACUUGAAUAAGUUGCAUUACCUACUCAACACUUUUCCAACCCUACAGCAAGGGGGUAAUGUUUUUUGAUAGGUAUUUUCCUCACUGGAGCAUACUAAGUUUACCUAAGAUGCGUAAAGCUCUGGAAAUUGAACUUCAUGUUAGAUGACAAAUUCAACUUGACCUGACGCUUGGCACAGUCAGAGCUUCCUCCUGGACCUGCAGUAUUUGCUUCUCCAUUUUAUUUAAAGGCAUAAUGUGUGCUAAUUGGCAUUUACUAUCUAAGAUGAAGACAAAGAGAAAAGAUAAGGCUUUCUCUCCAUAAUCCUCUAAGAUUCCUGGGACCUCUAAGCUUUCUUUCGCUGACCGCG